AUUUUCUUUCGAGUUUGUCGUUUCGAUUCGCAGAGUCCCGAGUGCAAGUGCAGAGCUCAUUGUCCAUUCCAGCAGUGCAUCUAGUUUAGUCAGAGAUUGGUGAAAUCGGUUCGACAUUGACGGUUAUUCUAAACGUUGGCAGAGAGAUGAAAUUGCCCCUGGUUUCGGCACUUUUGCUGGUGGCGUUGGCCCACACUGCGUAUGCGCAACACCAGGACUACACCACCCCAGUGCCCAUUUUGAAGCAGAUCGACAAGCACAACGACGACGGGUCCUACACCUAUGGCUACGAGGCAGCGGACAAGAGCUUCAAGAUUGAGACAAAGUACCCCAAUGGCGAAGUAUACGGCAAGUACGGCUAUGUCGACGACCAGGGCAAGGUGCGGGAGAUCGAGUACGGAGCCAGCAAGCGAGGAUUCGAGCCCGCUGGAAGCCACAUCAAUGUGCCGCCUCCAACGCUGACCAACACCAAUCCGUAUCCUCUGGGACCCAACGAGAUCGACGACGGUCAGUACCGCGAGGACCCUGCCGUAUACUACAAGGAUCAGAAGUUCAAUCGUCCUCUGUCGCCAGCCAGCAAGUUCAGCUUGAAUGACUUUGGACGUGGCCAGUCGUACGCCCCGAGCCCACAGCAGCAGCAGCAGCCGCAGCCACAGCCUGCCCCCCAGCGUCCUUACUAUAACCCCGCCCCGCAGUACUACAACCCCCCAGCCCCGCAGCCGCGCUACUACAAUCCCCCCGCCCAGCAGUCCUACUACAACCCACAGCAGUCCUACGCCGGACUCCCCAAUCAACACCAUCCGGCUCUCAGGAAUCUCAACAUCUAUACGGGCUCCUACAGCAUCGACUAUACGGGACGAAAGUAGGGGCAAGGAUCAG